AUGGUUACUCCGAGCAUUCACGAACAAUGUUGGGAACCAACAACAAAUUUAGAACAUAUCCGAAAAUGUAUUCAAAAUGGCCAUCAUAUUAUGGUAAUAAUGCGUGGUAUUCCAGGAUCUGGCAAAUCUUAUUUAGCUAGCGAUUUAAUAUCUGGAACAAAUGGUGCAGUUUUUAAUACCGAUAAGUAUUUCGUGCAAAAUGGUGUGUAUCAAUUUGAUCCCACCAAAUUGGAUGAGUAUCAUCAGAAAAAUUGGAAGGAAGCAAAAGAUGCAAUACAGCAAGGGAUAAAGCCAAUAAUCAUCGAUAAUACGAACAUAUUUGUAACACACAUGAAGCCGUACAUUAAUCUUGCAGUGAAGAAUUUAUAUGAAAUUUAUUUCGUAGAACCGGAAACAGAGUGGAAAAAAAAUGCAAAAGAAUGUGCUAGGCGUAAUGCACACUCAGUGCCAGAAGAGAAAAUUGCGUAUAUGGCUGAAUGCUUCGAAAAAGUCAGUUUAAGUGAUGUAAUAAAACCGACGCAGUUAAGAACAGUACCACCACUGGUUGAUAUAAACGACGAAGAUGAUACUUAUAAUUUAUUGUUAUCGAAACUAGAUUCUCUACCAGAUUCCCUUUUGGGAAAAGAUGCCACUGACAACAAAAAAAGCUCCGAACAAUUAAUUUCUUUAAUUCCACAUCAGAUACCUAAGAAUCUGCGUACAUUUGGAUGUCAGACUAGUGACUUAAUUCGAGUACUUGAUUUAUCAAAUCCUUCAUCAUCUGUAAACGACGAAUUUGUUUGCGAAACGGUGUGCGAUGCUCCUGAUUUUAGUUACAAAAAAAAAAUGAAAGUGAAAGCUACUCAGGCUGGUGACGGCAACAUUCUAUCUGAUAUCGAAUUAUUGAUAGCGUUUUUCCCGGAUGAGAAACCUUCCGAUCUAUCACAUAUAUUAGAGAUAGCUGGACUUAAAAAUGCAAUGACGUUACUUAAAGAAAUGAACGCUCACAUGGAUAUUUGCACUCCAGUUGGCAAGAAUAAAAAUAUUGAUGCGGAAUCAUUAUCGCAAACAUAUUACUGGUGGGACAAAUCAGAAUGUGAGCAGGUCGAUAAUAAUAUCGAUAAUAAUAGUUCGCCAGCGUUUGUACCAAAUUUCGAAUUGAAUAGACCGAUAUCCGAAGAGUUGGCUCCUUGCACUUACAUGCAAUGCUGUGAUCCAGAACCUGUACCAUCGGGAUAUUGUCGAAUGCAGAUAUCAGUUGAUAUGAUGGAGCAGCUCACUCAACUUUUUGGUGAUGCUGAAAGCAAUACUUUUUUAAAAACAUAUGUGGACUUACCUAUCUAUCUUUGGCGUCAAAUUUAUUUCCACUGGCAAGGCAUUUCAACUACAACUACAGAAGUAGAUAAUGCAUUUGGAAGUGAGAAUUUCGAUUUUUCUGCACUGGUUAGUUCUGAUGAAGAAUUAGCGCGAAUAUUGCAAGGUCACGAAUUGGCAUCUGAUGAAUUUUUGGAAAAUGGCAAACAUAUGAGUAUUGCUGAAAGACUGCAGUUAAGUGCACUGAUGAAAGAUUAUUCAGGAGUUGAUCGGGAACGAAUUGCAGAAUGCUUCCGUGACAACAAGUUUUCUGCAGAGGCUACUCGUAAUACUUUAGAUCUCUUCGUAAAUGGUAGUGAAAACAUUCAAACAGUACCAGCCAAUCCGUCUCGCAUUGAAUACCGUCCAAAUCAGUCUGGUAAUUGUAGUGUGCCUGCAGCAUCUUCCUAUGAAGAAUCAUCGGUUUUGAAGCCGGAUCUGGAGUUAGCUCACAAGGAGGCAUUUGAACUACGAGAGCAAGCAGAGUGGUAUGAUAAACAGAAGCAUGAAUUAUUGUUGCGAGCUAAUAAUCAUCGAGAUUUUGGAGCCAAGAUGCAUUAUUUUGCCGAGGCUCAGAAAUUGGGAAAAAAAGCAAAAGAUUGUGUGGCAGAACUCAAUGAACGGUUGAUCAAAGCGAAUACAUCCACUUUGUUCAUCGAUUUGCAUUAUAUGAAUGUUCAAUCGGCUCUUAAGCUUCUUAAAGCCAAGCUGAAUGCUGCAGAUAGACCUCCGGAAUUUCGACGUGGGCGAUCCCGGAAGAAACUUGUUGUUUUGACUGGUUAUGGUAAAUUGAGCGACGGACAAGCAAAAAUUAAGCCAGCUGUUAUACAGUGGCUUGAGCAGUGCGGUUAUGAAUAUUAUAAUACCUCGAACAAAGGUGAAUUAAUUGUAGAAUGUAAAUAG